GUGAUGGCUGUGAUACGCUCGCGACCAUUGUGGAAUCGACAAGGCAAGUACAAGUCACGUGCCUACUGAAGGCUUAAAUUCCACCUCGCAUUUCCUCGCCUGGUGAAAUUCGCUACCGGUUUUUGGGGUGCAAUUUGAGAGGACGGUAGUAGCGAGUCUGACAGCACACCGAGUGUGACGGCGCGGGUCUGCGACCACUCCCUGCAUAGAACAGCUGUAUAUUAAAGAUCCGAAGCUCACAAUGAAGUACGACUUGGUCCCGACGGACACCGAAACGCUCAUCGUCUACCGGGACCGCUACGAUGACGGGACGGGCGACUCGGACAACACCGACAUGACCCGAAGCGAGGAGAACGACCAUCGGAUGUCUUACGCCACUUCAGACGAGAAUGACGACGAUGAUAUGAUCCAUCACGACCACGAUGACGACAUGAUCCAUCACGACGAUGGCGACGACAACGUCUUCUCGCCCGCGAGUCCAGACACAGACAAGUCGGUUCAAGAUGGCGGUUUCAUCUGUCUGCAAAGCAUGCCAAGGUCUCUGUUACCGCCAAGACACGUCCUUCUCAACUCGAGUCCGGCCGCGCUGGGUGAGGACGGACCUCUGGACCUGCGACAGAAGCAGCAGCUAAGGAGAAGAUACAGCGAUCAAGAUCGGCCACCGUCUCCGUUCAGGAAGAUAGCUCGACGGAUGUUUACCAACAGUCGGGAGAGAUGGAGGCAGCAGAAUGUUAAUGGGGCCUUUGCCGAAUUGCGGAAACUUGUACCGACCCAUCCGCCUGAUAAGAAGUUGAGCAAGAACGAGAUCCUCCGUUUGUCUAUCCGUUACAUUAAUCUUUUAAACCAAGUCCUGGAGUUUCAAAGUCAACAGGAUUUCGGCCACGAGUUACCUGAACGACAUGACCCUCGGGCAGAUGUCAUGAACAUAAAUCAGGACACUGACGUCCAAAAUGCGCAACGGCCAUAUUCCGGAACAUCCUCCCCUUCACCCCACUCAUUUUCAACCGGGGCGAGUGGGGACAGAGGAGCAGACGACACUUCGAACUUGACUUAAAGGUCAAUAAUUAUUCAGUGUAGACGUUCUACAAAUGUUCGACAAUAUUUAAGUAUAUCAAAGAUUGUUGUGUUUGAACGACCCUAGUCAAGUGAUGCUUGAAAUUAGUGACUGAAAUCAAGAACGUCCGAACAAGUGAUUGGGACUUGAGAUGGGUGUUCCAUGACCAUUUCCAAAUUUUAUCCCCAACCUAUCAACAUUUUCAUGUCAUCGUUUCAUUGUCGUAAACAGUUUAAUUGUCGUCAGUGUGAUGAUUUCUAGUUUUGUCAUCAUAAUAUGUACAACCCUUGAAGAUCCGGUUUAGAUUUGAUCUUCACCAACCCAUGCCUGUCUUCCCACUUAAAGAUCCGGGUUAGAAUUGGUCUUCAGCAACAUAUGCUUGUCGUAAAAGGCGACUAACUUGACCGGGUGUUCGGGCUCGCUGUCUUAGUUCAUGUAUGUCAUCGUAUCCCAAUUGCGUAGAUCGAUGUUCAUGCUGUCAAUCAAUGAAUCAUCUUGUCCAGAGUCGAUUAUUUACAGACCACCGCCAUAUAGCUGUAAUAUUGCUGAGUGGAGUGAUUAAACAUCAAACAAACAUAGCAUUUACAGAAAGACAUACGACUUCAGUGUAUAGAAAACGGGCAAGCUUAACUUCGGGUAGUCUACCCAUAAAUUUUGUAAUUGUAAUUAUCAAUCCUUCCUUGCACACUAAAAUGAUUGUCUCCUUCAACAAAUAUAACGAUUAUAUACCACCGUGAUAGCACUACAGAUCUUCAACUGUAUAAUUUCCAAUGCCAUAUAUGUAUCUUGUACCCCACGCUGUACAAGAGUUCAGCGUCUUCGUGUCACCGUCUAGUUCAGUCGGGUUUUUUCUGGAAAUUCUGAUGUUCCAUCAUGUACAUCUUUGGCAGCUACUUUUUUAUUCUCUGAAAGGAGGAUUUAUUUUAUGGGGACCCUCAGCAUUUUCAGAUAAUGCAGCAUGUGAAGUCAACAGGAAUGUUUAAAUUUGGUCAAAACCUGAGGACAUUGUUUUAAGGAACAGAUAGGUAAAAACAUAACAGCACCACGAGAUCAUCAAAUGGUAGGAUGCUCAAUGAAAAAAUGUGACGUAGUGAGUUUUUAUUUAACGGCUCGAUGCCGAGGUGACAAACCGAGAAACAUUAUCAGAGCUAACUUGGAUUUUUAUAAAAACUGAAAAAUGAAGAAAAUGCGCAUAAUGAGUCGUUUAAACACGGAAAAUAAUUUUAGCGAUAUGUACUUCCAACCAUUUACCCCUCUCAUAAGCUACGUUUUGAUCACAUUCUUUAGUGUUAGAUAGUCCCAACACGAAUUAUGAUCAAUGAUCUUACUGGACACUAUCGUGAGAAUCUCCUGGAGCUGUUGUCGUGCCUGACUCAGCGUGUCGGGAAACAGGCCCGAGUUGAUUUCCUUCCGUGUAGGGAGAGAGCAGGUGCUUGUCUCAAGUGCGCAGGGUGCUAUGAACAUUUCUCGGCCGUGUCAUCAUAGACCCGGAGCCUUUCAUCAUCACAAGUGAUGUAUAUCUGUGACCCCGUUAAUGUAUUGUUAUUCCUUGCUGUCUGUAUUGUGUAUAUAAGUAAAGUGGUCAUACCCCUGCUUAUUUAUGAAGGAUUCACCGUUGAAUAUAUUAUUUUGAAUGAGAUGUCAGGUAUAAUAAUAAUGAUCAUAAUAAUACUAUAACCGUGAGAAUUUCUGUUAUUUCAUAAUAUGUUGUUUUAGGAAAUGGUUUCGUUUUGUUCAAAUAUCUCUGAAAGUCCGUGUUACCGUUUAAGCAUUCAAGUUCCUGGACGUUCAAGCAUAAGGGAAAUUAUCUGUGUCUUUGAAAAAUGAUAUAUUUCUUUAUAAAAAUUACAUAUUUCUCACUAAAACGUUCCGACUAAACUAAACUAGCUCUCAAAUAUAUGUAAUAACGGUUUGUAUUUGUACAAUUUAUAUCAAUCGAUCCACUGCUGUGAUACACUGUAAAGACAACUCUAAGCCUGAGACUCGAAUAAUCUCAUUGUGGGCUGAUAUGUCUUAAGUACCAGCCCAUAUUGAAAGACUGUAACAAAAUCCUGUUCUAUAUUAAUAAAACUUGUAAAAAUAAUGAUAUGCAUAUAUCAUAUUUAUUUUGGGUUUUCACAUGUAAUAUUCUUAUUUAAAUAUCUUUAAAUAUUCUGUAAAAUAUACAAACAUGAUUCAUAUUUCAUGGUUAUAGAUUGACUUCUCUUUCUCAAAUAUUACAAAGGGAGAUAACUUCUAGCUGAGAUUACAUCAGCGUGGAUGGAGUUCUAAGAUUUACCCAGUGAUUUUAGUUAUUUACACUUUUUAUUUUUAGUCGUGUAUAUAUGUAAAUAAAAUCUGUUCAGUGAA